CUCUCUCUCUAUAGCCUCCAAACUCCAACGUCCUCCAACUUCUGCCUCGUUUUUAUCUUUUUGUCUCUAAAAAGCAACAAAAAAACAAUAUCUUCAAAAGGGUACAUUCAUAAAUCCAAAAAGCACAACACCAAAUCAAAAAGUUAAAAACUUUGAUAAAUUACGAAGUUAAAAGAACCAAAAUCUUCUCAAAAAGCUUCUUCAUCAACAAACCACACAAUCCCCAAAGCAAACCACCAAAGUUAAGGAAAAAGAAGAAGCAGAAGCAAAAGAACAGUCUAGAGACAAAGACCUAUCCAUAUUUUCUUGAUUUCUCUCCAUUCAUGGGCUGUUCUGCUUCAAGACCCAAUACUGUUCUCUCCAAGAACAAAAACAACAAUGACCCUCUUGAAGAAAACCAUUCUUUAGAUUACUCUUUUUUGACUACUUCUUCACAACAUUCCCCGUCUCCGAUGCCUAGAGCUCUUUCUCUUCAAACCCCUCUUGUUCAUCAUCCACCUUCAAGAAAAGGUGAUUCUCAUCAUCUUGUUUCUCUUACUUCUACUACUUAUGGCUCUCUUCUCCUUAUUGAACCCAUAACUCAUCCCAAAUUCCCUGAUCAGACUCAAUCGCCACAAAAAUCCACCAUAAACAGUAAUAAAACCUUGAUUCCAGCUGACCCAGGGGAGUCUCUUUCUCCUGACUCAGUCAUCAACACCUGGGAGCUAAUGGACGGUCUGGAUGAGUUGGAUUUCGAAAUGGGUAAUUCUAAUUCGAACAAAAAAUCAUCAAUUUCUGAUGAUUAUGUUCUAAUAUCCCCCAAAUCCAACUCAUUUCACCAUCUGGGCUUUGAUGAGUCUGUUAAAAAGCUUAAUGAUUCUUUUGAUUUUGUCAAAUCUGAAGAAAUAGAAGUCGAUAAGUCGUUUUCAUUGUCAAAGCCUUUAUGGAAGCAUUUAUCAGAGGAAUCCUUUCUUUCUAAUAUGGAUCCAAAUGUUGUUUCCAGUUACAGGCGUGCAUUAUCAUCAAGGCAAUUAGGCUACACUAAAGAAUCCAAAAGUAUAAAAUCAGUUGGUUCUAGUCCCAUCAAUUCUUCAUUCAAGAAUGGGUUCAUUUUCCAAGAUAACAAAAUUGUUCUAUAUUAUACAAGUUUGAGAGGAAUUAGAAAAACUUAUGAGGAUUGUUGUGCAGUAAGAAUGAUAUUCAGGGGUUUUCGAGUUCCCGUCGAUGAAAGAGACAUUUCAAUGGAUUCUUCAUAUAGAAAAGAGUUGCAGAGUAUGCUUAAAGGGAAAGCAAUGAGCUUGCCACAAGUUUUUAUAAGAGAAAACCAUAUUGGUGGAGUAGAAGAGAUAAAGCAGUUAAAUGAAACAGGUGAAUUAGCUAAACUUUUAGAAGGAUUUCCUGUUAAAGAUCCAAAAUUUGUAUGUGAAAGCUGUGGAGAUGCAAGAUUUCUGCCAUGUCCAAACUGUAACGGAAGUAGAAAGGUUUUUGAUUUGGAGGAGGAUAAGCUGAGAAGAUGUCAAGAUUGUAAUGAAAAUGGAUUGAUUCGUUGCCCUUGUUGCUCAUGACUGAUUGGUGGUGUUUAUAUUGCUUAAUUACUAGUUUUCUGAUUAAUUACUAAUGCUUUUGAGAUAUUGUUUAUUUUGAUUUUGUUGUGUUACAUUUGUUAAACAGUUCAAUAUGCAAGUGUAAUGUUUGUUGUUCAUCGUCUCUUUGAACAGGUUGGAAUAGAAAAAUAAAUGAACAGUUUUCUUUGAUUGUUGUUCA